GGCUGACAACGGCAUCAUUACUUUGCUGCCAUCUUUUUUAUACCGGAACUUGCCAGUUGCUGCAACUGGUCGGAAUAUCCCACUGCACUGCCAUUGAGUCAGAUGCUUCCGCCCGCGGCCUCGCGGAGGCAAUAAUAAGCCCGGGCAGGUUGGCACUGCAUCAGUUGACCUGCGCACGUUGCUGGGUUCGCUCCGCAGUCUGUGCCCCUCAGACGGAGACUAUGAAGCCGUUUACAGUGAAGCUCCUGAUGGGAGCUCUCCUGGUGGGUCUGGUCAGCUCCAGUCUGCCUCCCUCGGCCAGCUCGGAACCGGUUACCGGGACCGUGGCCGGCUCAUCAGGUGACGGCAGAUCGCCAGACGCCGCCAACUGCGGUAUGCUCGGCCUGCCGUGUGGGAGUGACGCCGACUGCGCGCGCCUGGGCCUGUCGGCGGCCGCUGCCUGUAACCCUGUCGGCGUGUGCUCCUGUCGGCGCGGCUUUCGACAGGUGUCGGACACAGAGUGUCGGCCGCUCGCCGCGCUGGGCGACUGGUGCCGGGAGGACGCCGAUUGUAAGACUCUGACAUCUCAUGGAGUUUGCCAAGACUACGUUUGCUCGUGUGCCGACGGAUUCUGGAACUUCAACAACACAGAGUGCCGGCCCGUCGGAGCCGUGUACCUGCACAAUGCGUGUGUGGGUGACCAGGACUGCUCGUCCGGAGGCCGCUGUGUCUCGGGGACCUGUCAGUGUCCCAUCGUCAGACUCGGAUACAUCGAGUACCGGCUGGUCGGAGGCGGCUCGUGCAGCGAUGGUUGGGUGGAACUCCGCCGCGGUGGACCCGAUAACAAAUGGGAGCACGUCUGUCCCGGUAACUGGGACUCCACGGACGCCAAGGUCGUCUGCAAGAGUCUCGGCUACGGGUCGUCCGGAAGGAGCCUGCGGUUGUCAUACUACGGCGCCGGCAAACCCAACAUCGCCGUGCAGGAGGUGCUGUGCACCGGCAGCGAACCCCACCUGCUGGCCUGCAAACACCGCGUCAACGUGCAGUGCAGCGGAAACGAGGUGGCCGGCGUCGUGUGCGAGCCCUAGCUGACGAUCGAGCUGAAUGUGAUAAGACACCGUGUGUGCCCGAUGUGCACCUCCUGCCCUUUCGAGAAGAGCUGGUGCACCCGCACGUGCGGCGUGCACGUAAUCUAUUUCUAAUCAAUCUGUCAAGCCCGAUCGAUGCCUUUGAAUGCUCAAACGUGUAUCCAUUUAUGCGAUACAAUGUAACUGAAAACGCGCACGAUGUUGGCUGUUUUUAAAGAUAAUAAAUUCGUUAUUUUGUU